AUGGUGCGCAACCUAACGAUGGAGCAGACGUUCUACGAGGACGCGAGCGUGUACGGUGCGAUGAAUGGUCGCGAGAACCACAGCGUGGUCCAGCUGAAGCGAAACCUCACGCUCGACCUGAACGGUUGCCAGAGGCAGGGCUCGCAGGCGAAGAGGCCGCGGUUGGGCCCACUGCCACCCGCCCUCAACAACGUCACCCCGAUUCUCAGUUCGCCGGAUCUCAACAUGCUGAAGCUCGCAUCACCGGAGCUCGAGAAACUCAUCAUGACGCAACCGGACGGUCUGGUCACCGGUCUACCCACACCGACCACCCAGAUCCUCUUCCCCAAAGCGGUCACCGAGGCCCAGGAGUUGUACGCGCGCGGCUUCGUCGACGCGCUCAACGAGCUCCAUCACUCCGACAGCUCGCAGGAACCCGGCAGCAUGCAAGGCGCCACGUACACGACUCUGGAGCCGCCUGGUAGCGUGCAGAGUACAGAGUCCACCAUGAGCAAUCCCGGCCUGAUACACGUCAAGGACGAGCCGCAGACGGUGCCGAGCGUGUCGAGCACGCCGCCGAUGUCGCCGAUCGACAUGGAGAACCAGGAGAAGAUCAAGCUGGAGAGGAAGCGGCAGAGGAACCGCGUGGCCGCGUCCAAGUGCCGACGGCGCAAGCUCGAGCGCAUCUCCAGGCUCGAGGACAAGGUCAAGCUGCUCAAGGGCGAGAACACCGAGCUGAGCGGCAUCGUGCACAAGCUCAAGGAGCACGUGUGCCGGCUUAAGGAGCAGGUCAUGGACCACGUGCACGCCGGCUGUCAGAUCAUGACCGUCAACAACCAGUUUUGA